CGGCGGGACGAGCCCGGCGCUGCGGGCCGGAGGAUGCGGAGGGGCAGAGCCGCCGGCAGAGCCGCCGCCGCAUCGUCGCGCCGUCCCCGGGGGGCGGCUGCCGCCUGGCCCCGGCGGCCGCUGGCGGGCCCGCGCGGCUGAGGCGGGCGGAGGCGGGCCCGCCGAGGAUGAGUGCGGGCUGCGGGCGGGACCCCCCUCGGAAGAGAGCCCGGCCGAGCACCGCCAGCCUCGGCGGCGGCUCCCAGGGAGAGCGGCCGCCGUCGCCGCUCGGUCCCCGCCAGGAGGGGCCCGGAGGCGGCAGCUCCGGCGGCGGCAGCGCCGCCACAGCCGUGGGGAACAAAGUUUGUAAACAACGGACAAUUACCACUUGGUUGGAGAAUAAAGGACCCAAGACAACUGAGUCCAAAAGCUUACACAGCAAAAUUAAUAACAAUACUGAAGCAAAUCCCAAGAUGACUUCCAUUAAAAAAGAGAACUUUUGUGAGCAUGAUGUGAAAAAGCUAGAGAAUAUUUGUCAGCAAAAUUAUUCAAAAAUAUCUGUGGAAGUUAGUGCAAAGCAUGUAAAUUUGCCUCAGACAGGCAGCAUGUGUAACUGGGAGGCUGAGGACAAAGAUCCAGUCUUAGACACAGAGCCUAUGAAGGGGACGCAGUCUGGAGACCUCUUUAAAAAUGCCAACAUUGAUCAGAUGCACAAAACUGGCAAACAGGCUCAGAGGGGCUGUGAAGAAAGCAGUGACAAUUGGACUCAGAGGAAACUAUCAUCAGGUCGGUCUUUGAAAAUGGGAAAUACAAAACUUCCUUCAAAAGACACCGAGACAGAUGGACAAGUGGCUUCAUGCAAUUCACAGAAGCUGAAGAGUUGUAAUUCUGUCUGUUUAAUGGGUGAACAAGAAGCGGGGGAUGUAGUUCCAGAAAGUCCACUUUCAGAUGCUGGUUGUGAUGCUUGUAUAUCUGAUCUUGGAGGUCCUGGGAAACUGGGCAAAUGUCAGAGCAGUUCAGGGGAUUCACCUGCUUAUGAGAAAGAAAGUGAACCGGAGUCACCAAUGGAUGUAGAUAAUUCUAAAAAUAGCUGUCAUGGGUCAGAGGCUGAUGAAGAAACGAGUCCGUUUCUUGAUGAGCGAGAGGAGAUUAAUAUGUCAAAAUCCAUAAACAAAUCUUUUAGAAUUCAAUAUGGGGAUGCUGAACUGGAGUCAAGAAAGUCACGUUUUUCUGCCAAGGGCUGUGAAAGCUUUGAGGAAAUAGAUAAUUCUGUUAAAGAGGACAGUCUGCAUACAAAGUCACCUGGGAUUUCUCCUGCUCCAUCAUCAGAAUGCAAAGGUGCAAAACAGAGUGUGAAGAGAGACUCCAAAAUCACCUCUCACUUCAUGAGGAUACCUAAAGUUGAGGAGAAAAGCAGAAGAGAAAAGUGUGAAUUCAAACCGCAGAGGCCAGGAAGGAAGAUUCCUAAAUAUGUGCCACCACCUCUUCCAACUAAUAAGAAAUGGUUUGGGACACCAAUUGAAGAGAUGAGAAGAAUGCCUAUGUGUGGGGCCCGUCUUCCUCAUCUGCGACCCUCAGCCAAUCAUACAGUAACCGUCAGAGUCGAUCUUCUGAGGGAAGGAGAGGUGCCUAAACCUUUUCCAACUCACUACAAAGAUUUGUGGGACAACAAACACGUUAAAAUGCCCUGCUCAGAACAAAAUUUAUACCCUGUAGAGGAUGAGAAUGGAGAUAGAACUGCUGGAAGUCGAUGGGAACUAAUCCAAACAGCCUUACUUAACAAAUUUACUUGCUCACAUGAUUUGAAGGAGGCUAUACUGAGAUACAACGUUGCUUAUUCCAAGAAAUGGGACUUCACUGCUCUUACUGACUUCUGUGAGAAGGUUCUUGAAGAUGCAGAGGCUCAACAUUUGUUCCAGUCCAUUCUUCCUGAUAUGGUCAAGCUGGCGCUCUGUCUCCCUAGUAUCUGCACCCAGCCAAUACCUCUACUGAAACAAAAGAUGAAUCACUCCAUCACAAUGUCACAGGAACAGAUUGCUAGUUUUCUAGCCAAUGCUUUCUUCUGUACUUUUCCGCGUCGCAAUGCGAAGAUGAAGUCUGAGUAUUCUAGUUAUCCAGACAUUAACUUCAACAGAUUGUUUGAAGGACGGUCACCAAGGAAGCCUGAGAAACUUAAGACCCUUUUCUGCUAUUUUAGGAGAGUCACAGAAAAAAAACCUACGGGAUUGGUGACGUUUACAAGGCAGUGUCUCCAGGAGUUUCCAGACUGGGAAAGAUCUCAGAAAAAACUGUCUAGAUUGCAUGUCACCUAUGAAGGCACCAUCGAAAGCAAUGGACAAGGUAUGCUACAGGUUGAUUUUGCAAACCGUUUUGUUGGAGGUGGUGUGACCGGGGCAGGACUGGUACAAGAAGAAAUUCGUUUUUUAAUCAACCCAGAACUGAUUGUGUCGAGGCUCAUCACUGAAGUUUUGGAUCACAAUGAAUGUCUUAUCAUCACAGGUACUGAGCAGUACAGUGAGUAUACAGGCUAUGCAGAAACUUACCGGUGGGCAAGAAGCCAUGAAGAUAAGACCCCAAGGGAUGAAUGGCAGCGACGCUACACGGAAAUUGUUGCUAUAGAUGCAUUUCACUUCAGACGUUUCCUUGAUCAGUUUGGUCCAGAGAAAAUUAGAAGAGAGCUCAACAAGGCCUACUGUGGCUUCUCUCGACCCAAUGUUCCACCUCAACAUCUCUCUGCAAUAGCCACAGGAAACUGGGGAUGUGGUGCCUUUGGAGGGGACUCCCGAUUAAAAGCCUUAAUACAGAUAUUGGCAGCUGCUGAGGCUGGACGUGAUGUUGUUUAUUUUACCUUUGGAGAUGUGGAGCUGAUGCGGGAUAUUUACAGCAUGCACACUUUUCUCUGUGAGAAGGGCCAAACUAUUGGGGACAUCUAUAGGCUGUUACUGAGAUAUUACAAUGAAGAAUGCAGAAGCUGUUCUACUUCAGGACCAGAUGUCAAGCUGUACUCUUUCAUAUACAACACCAUUGAGUCCUAUGCAGAUUCUACUGAUGAUGAUGAUGAAGAAAAAGGGUUGUGCUUUGAGGAUUAAAAUAAAUGUAUUUGAUCAGAAUAUUGUUCAUCUCCUCCCACUGGUAUAUUGUGUGAGUUGCUGGGUAUAAUGUAUGAAUUGGCUUAAUAUAUAUUGACUGCAUUGGUAGUUAUGUAUAACACCCAAACAAAAAAAAAAACACCUUUGAGAGAUGAGAUUUUUUGUUUGAUGGUUUCAUACGUGAAAACCUUGUUCAUGUGUGUACAGAAAAGAUUUCUUUGGUAAAUCUGGUUUGCAUUAUACCUUGUUAAGCAGGAUAUUUUGGAACACAUUUGUAUUUCAGUCAAGAGAUUGCUGAAAGACUUCAGAAGAUUUCUCUGUACUCCUUUGCCUUUAUUUUUCAGAGAUCUUAUCUAGAUUUCUCAUGUAAGCUUAGUGCUGGAGUACAGGCAGCCAUGUAACUCCUGGGAUGAUUUGAGAGAGAAGCGUCAUAAUGAUCGUUCUUGCUGAAAAUUGUCAUAAUUUGAUUACCUCCUUAAGACUGCCACGGUACCUUCAUUGUUCUUAUCAACUUUUUCAUUCAUUUAACUUAAAAUGUCCUGGUUUAAAUCUGUAUUUUUUUUUUAAUAAAUGGUUAAAAAUUGAAAGAUUCUGGAGGAGCUAUAAUGCAUUUUACAACUGCAUUGUCUUUAUCGAAUCAGGCACAAAAGUUAACAUGAAGAAAUAGAGAAAAAACGAAGUAUGGGAGGGUGGGAAAAUGAGAAAUGUGACCAAAGUUAGAAGCAGAGGGAAACAUUUUCACAUGAAACUCUUCACUACCAUUUUGUUGGUGCUAUCUGUUACAACAUUGAACAAGGUCUUAGACAUGCUAGUAUAUUUGAAGUUUCUCCAAGGUUCACUGUUGCUGGCGAUAUCAUUUGAAUUAAGGUCUGCUAGUUGUGUUUAUGUUGUCGUAUCAGUUCUCCUUUAUCGCAGCAUGCAUAUAUGUAAGUAUCAGAUCCCCAUGGGAUAACGUGAGUGAGGAAAUGGAAAUCACAUAUCAGUGGGAGGAAAGUCUGCAGGCUACAGAUAAGAACAUGAGGUCUUGUUAGGAGUUUGCGCCUGUGUCUUUUUAGGCAUGGGAACAAUAACAAUGAAGAGAGGGCAAAAGAUGUGUAAAAACUGUGCUAUUACACUCUCUGUCAAUACCAAAUUAGUGUUGCUGUAGUGCAUUAAUAGUUUACACAAAACUGCAGAUACAUCUGUGAUAAAACUUUUCCAGGUCUAUGUACAGGGCCGAUCCAAUGAAACGUUUGUCUAUUACAGUUUAAGUUUAAGCCCAAAUUGCUAAAUUUAGCCUCUCCUGUGUUAGAUUUUUCUGGUCUGUCAUGGUUGCUAUUGCCAGUUUAGCAAUACAAGUAAAAACCGCAGCAGGAAAUGUAGUGAGCUAAGGCUCUAGUAUCAACAAAUCCUUUUGGCUAAUGUCAGAUAAAACCUCUCCAAGCCUGAAACAUAACAAGGUAAUUAAAUGCUGGAAGCUGUUGGCAGUCUGGCUUACAAUAAAGCACUCGCUGCUUGAGCUGCUCUGGUGGAAGCACUACCAAAGAGUUCGGGUCAUUUAUAAACACCUUCAGAGUGCUGCACCUUCGCAUUACAGCUAAGCGGGCAGCUUGGAAGCGUGUUGCUUGGAAGGUGACAGAUACAGCAGUUUAAGGCUUUCUUCCUGUUCUUCCCGCCAGCUGUAGCUUUCUCAACCCCCAUCCAUUAUAAGGAAAAGAUUUGGGCUAGAAUUUCAGGCCUUUUUCUGUGUUUGCAACUUGUGUUCUCAGAGUUAGCGGAAAUCUUUUCUCCUGCUCCUGGUGUUUCAGUGUUGGCUCAGAUUCUGGCAAUAGGAAUAACAGUGUUUUACGAGAAGCUCUUAACUUGGGCAUUUAGGUUCAACUAUGAUAGUGCUUCUAGAUGCAUUGUCGAUGAUAAAUGUACCCUGUUAAUUAAGACAAGUGAUGGAAAAUUGGUGCUAUCUGCCAAACCUUCUUCACCUUACUACUCAGGAUUUCCUAUAGAAAAGGUGAACAGAAUUUGUUCCUAAACAACUGGAAGAAAAUAUAGCAAAAAGCUUUAGGUGGCUAUAUAUGAUCUCCCCUUUAUUGUAAAUAAAUACAUCUUUAUUAGUGCAAUAUUAAUUUUCAUUGUAAGGGGAAGUGAUUGGUGGGGUAUGAAAAAAGUACCAAAAUGAGAUGGCAUAAAAUUCUACUUCAACUCUAGAAACAGAAAAAUAUAUUUAACUUCAGAAAGAUUCUCUGAAGAUCAUAUUAUAGGGUAUCCAGUUUUUGCAGUGUCAAGUGUUUCUGGGAUAAUCCUAGUCAUUUUAUGCAGUCUGUAUUUUCACUGAUGUCUGAGAAUUUUCUAACACGGGGAAGAAUGCCUUUUAUUUGAGGUCAUUCUUUAGGAUAUGU